UCAUUUAAACAGUCAGUGGUGACUGUGAGCCUCAGGCACAAACAACAGCUAAAGCCGCCGGAACUUCACCACAAACUUCAGCUCCAACACACGGAACAUGUCUUUAACGACCACACGGCUUUAAAAAGAGGGUUAUUUACAAAGUGAACAAUACAACUGAAGAAGAAGGAGGAGGAGUAUGAGUGUUGGGUAAAAGCUGUGGAAGAGCUGCCGCUGCUACACCGAGGAAGAAGAAGAGGAAUCGGCUUCGGUGUGUGUCGUCUUCACCGGUUCAUCCAGGAGUUCAACUUACAGCACAGUGACAUGGACUCCGAUGGAUACAGGAAUGAUUUCCACUACACAGAGACAGGAAGUGUUUGGCAGCAUGUAACGCUGGAGCCGUCACACGCUGUGGAUCAGAGGAGCAGAGACGCUGACGGCUGGAAGCUGGUGGAGGUCUUUCUGUCCGGUGGAGCACCAUGGGGGUUUACACUUCGAGGUGGAUUGGAGCACAGAGAGCCUCUGCUCAUAACCAAGGUGGAGGAGGGCAGCAAAGCAGCCGCCGUGUGUCUCCAGGUGGGAGACGAGCUCGUCAACAUCAACGAGAUUCCACUGAGCGGCUACAGACAGGAGGCCAUCUGCCUGGUGAAGGGCUCCCACAAGACCCUCAGUGUGGUGGUGAAAAGGCGGAAUGAACCCAUAAGCAGGCCUCACUCCUGGCACUCCACCAAGUUCAACGAGAACCAAUCAGAAGCUGCCAAAACACAGUCUCCGCCCCCACCAGUGUGGCACAACAGAUAUGAUGCAAGCUCGUCCUCCGCUGACCUGUCGUCUGGCUGGGAGCAGACCAACCUGCGCCGAGUGUCCGACCAGUUCAGCUCUCUGGGCAGCAUGGACAGUCUAGAGCAUGUUCCACAUCCUUACACUGCCGGUCAGCUCUCGCCUGCCAAGUCCAACAACAGCAUGGAGCACCUGGGUGGAGGGAAGCGGGACUCAGCGUACAGCUCCUUCUCCACCAGCUCAGGAACUCCGGACUACACGCUCUCAAAGAGCAACGCCGCCUCGACGGAGAACGUGCUCUACAAAGUCAGCCAGUGGGACGCCGGAGGAAAACACGGCAGCAGAAACAGCCACGGUGUGGCAGAGGGAGGCAAACAGGACGACAAGCUCAUGUACUUUCAGAUGCCGGGUUCUGAGGCUCUGCAGACCGAGGACCCGGCCGGCUCCCGACAGUCCUCCUCCAAUAGAAGCAACUUUGGACCUGUGUGGCAUGUUCCUGAGAAAAAGAAGAGCAGCGCCUCCCCUCCACCGCCUCCUCCACCGGCACGCAGGGACAGUUUUGCUGCGACUAAGGUUCAUGAACGGGGGCUCGUGAUCACCGAAGAACCCGAGUCACGCAGCUCGUCUGAGGCUAACGCAGAACACCUCCGCAGCCACAACCUUCCCCUGAAAAACCAAGGCAACCACACCCAGUUUGGCCUGAACAAGCAGUUCUCCACAUCCAGCAGUGACGUUCUUCAAAGUCAGCCCCACCAUCCCAGACACCACAGCGACAAAAGCACUUUUUACUCGCCGCCGCGGCCAACAUCAAAGCCUCAGAGCGCCAGUGGCUACCAAUGUAGCACACAAGAACCGCCCACCAACCAGAGGAGGAGCUUGUCUGCCACAGCUGCAGAGCAGAACAGUGACAGCAGCUCACACAGCCGCUACUACUGCGUCACAACGUGUCAGCCCACGCAGACACACCCACAGCUGAUGUCAGGGAAACCAGAGGAGAGGCGGAGCUUCAGUGGAGCAGAGAGUGGGAGUGAGCGCAAAUCUGUCAGCCCGCAAACGACCAGCAAAGCCAAGUAUCCUCUGCCUCAACAACACGGCAAAGACAGUAAUGGAUACAACAGGCACCAUGUUCCAACUGUACCAGAAAUCUCUGAUGACAGGGGGCGCCAGAGAGGACAAAAUGCACAAAAUGCGGAAAUCCAGAACUCGAGUUUCCCGCCGACACGACCAUCUGAAAACAGAAGGUCUCUCCCGCUACAACCCAGAGAUGUCCCGCAGGACGUCCGCAAGAUCAGUGCCCACGCCACGCCCAUGCUGCACUCGCUGUCUUUGGACGCCGCAGAGCCGUGGGAGAAACCCAAAGGCUCCGCCUCUGAAGAGUCUCCCGACAACAAGCAGAUGAAACGUAACGAGCGCUUCGCCACAACGCUGAGGAACGAAAUCCAGAUGAGAAAAGCGAAGCUGCAGAAAAGUAAGAGUGCGGCCGCGCUUCAAUGUGCUGAGGAUGAGACUGAAGAAGACCAGGACGUCUGGAAGUCCACCCCAAUGUCUCCUGACAGUUCCUUCACCAACAUCUACAAGGAUCACCUGAAGGAGGCUCAGGCAAGGGUCCUCAAAGCUACGUCUUUCAGGAGGAAAGACCUGGAGCCUGUCCUCGGGGAGAACUCUGCAGCAGAGUCUUUGCCGAGCUACCCGUCAUCAGCGCUGGGUCGCAGAGAUGUCCCCCCUUUGCCGACACUCUCUGAAUUAGCAUCUACUAAAUCAGGUCCUGCUGCUGCGCCGGUGACUCGCAUCGGAGGCCGGAAGCGUUUUCCUACGGAGAAGAAAGUCAGAUCGUUCUCUGAGCCGGACAAAAUCCACCAGGUCGGCGUUUCUUGUCAUGAAAAUACAAGCUCCUCCUUAGACCAGCAGAUGCUCUUAUCACAAGGUGACAACCCAGGAUUGUCCAAACACUUGUCCUCUCACAGCCAUGAGGACCACGCCUCUGUCACGGCAACAGGAGACGCGGUGAAAGGACUCGGCAGUGACGAGGACGCGCAGACACACAAGCAGUCUGUCCUCGACCAGCAAAGACUGGGCACCUUCGCCGAGUACGAGGCAAGGUGGAACCCUCAGAAGAACCCAGCGGAAACACGGGCGUCUGGGAGGUACCGCUCAGCUGAUGACAUCCUGGAGACCAGACCAGAGGACAGAAAGAGUACCAGCUGUGUGCAUGAGAGAUCCAGAUCCUCGCCCUCUGCUGAGAUCUACGGGCAGACGUUUCCUGUUUCGAGCCGAUCGUCUGAGGGUGAACCUGCUGAGCUGCUCAGCUCUCCUGCUCGGUUUUCUGACUGUACAGACAGAGAAAAGCAGGCGGAGUUUGAAUGUCUUUCAGCUCCACCCGCAGACGGAGCUGCUGCUACUGCUGCAGAGAACCACACACCCACGUCUGCAUCUCACAGCCUCACACAGCCGCCGUCCACGCCGAGGAAGAAGCCUCCACCUCCCAGAUGCUCACAUAUCAGUGAAGCCUUCACCCACAGCUCCUCCAGCCCGGAGGGUAGCUCCGCCUUCAACCCCACCCACCCCGCAAAGGCAGACUGUGAGCAGGGCAAAGGACACGGGGCAGCACCUCACCACCCUGCCUCCUCCUCCUCCUCCUCCUCCUCCUCCUCCCGCAGACACUCUAGGCCGAGCAGCAUGGAGGAGCGACGCUCACCCUCUCCUCACUUCUCACCACAGAGACUCAGCGACAGGCCGCCCGUGUCUCUGCAGGACCAGGACGCCAACAGGAUGGAUCAUGUGAUCGAAAGUCCAAACUCUGCUUUGAAGAAAGUUCCCAUCAGGAUCGUCCACUCAGAGGGAGUCCCUGAGAAAGAGAAUUCUUUAUUUCUGCGUCAUGGUGACAUCCCUGCUGCUGAUGAUGCUGCUGAUGAUGCUGCUGAUGAGGUGGAGCCUCCCGGUGGAAACAGACUCAACAGCCUGGCAGCUGCGAGACACGACUCUGUCUUCUGUGCCUUCAGUCGGCAGAGAGCGUCUGUGGACACUGUCCUCGCUGCUCCGACUGACGACACGCACGUGACCAACAACAGUCUGCCGCCGCCUCCACUCACUGAUGAACCCGCCACCUGCAGCAGGAGGACUGAAGACCAGAAGAGGGAGGAGCUGCUCAGAGACAUCAUGGGAAAGGACAAGUCGUUGGCUGACGUCCUGGAUCAGAGUAAGAUGAAGACGACCAUGGACUUGAUGGAGGGAAUCUUUCCUGAGGGCGAGCAACUGCUGGAAGAAGCUCAGCAGCGCAGGAAACUCCCGACGAAGCAGAGCGUGAGCCGACUUCCAGAGGAAAGGGAAAAGGAGGAGAGUGUGGCAGCGGCUGUCACCAUGGUAACCAGCUCUGCAUAUUACAGCACAUCUGCUCCCAAAGCUGAACUCCUCAACAAGAUGAAGGACAUGCAGGAGACAGAGGACAACUCUGAGGAGGAGCUGGACAUGGACCUGUCCAACAAGAAGCAGGAGUUGAUCGACAGCCUGAGCAGGAAGCUGCAGGUUCUGCGUGAGGCUCGUCAGAGUCUUCAGGAGGAUGUGCUGGACAACAACGCUCUGGGAGACGAGGUGGAGGUUCGAGUCCAGCAGGUCUGCAAACCCAACGAGCUCGACAAGUUCAGGAUGUUCGUGGGCGACCUAGACAAGGUGGUGAGUCUGCUGCUGUCGCUGUCGGGACGACUGGCCAGAGUGGAGAACGCCCUCAACAGUCUGGAGGAGGACGCUACAUCUGAGGAGAGGCGGACGUUGACGGAGAAGAGGAAGCUGCUGAUCCGACAGCACGGCGACGCCAAGGAGCUGAAGGAGAACCUGGACCGCCGCGAGCGCGUGGUCUAUGACAUCCUGGCUAGUCACCUGGACGUCGAGAGCCUCGCCGACUACGAGCACUUCGUCAAGAUGAAGUCGGCGCUGAUCAUUGAACAGCGGAAGCUGGAGGACAGGGUCAAACUGGGGGAGGAGCAGCUCAAAUGUCUGCUGGACAGUCUGUCCAUUGAGCAGAGACUCGUCCUCUGAACUCUGCACUUCACCGCUGUGUCCAGCAGAGGGAGACACUGAACCUCUGCUGAACCGUUGCUGUUUUUAUUGGAUUGUUUUUAGUAAUUUAUUGUAGCCUUUUUGAAUCUUCACAGUAUUUUAUCUUCAAACUGAUCGCGAGUAUUUAUCGUGUUUUAUGUUUAAAUCAUUUCAUUUCACAAUAUUAAUAACGUUAAAUUUCGGCCAAAUAUUUCACUCAACUUUGCAAACUUUUGCUGUGAACUUUUAUAAAAAAACAACAAAACUUUUUUACUGUUUUAUUUUGAAACACAGAU